AUGGCGUUGACGAAGAAACUUGUUCUUAUUUGCUGUUUGAUCAUAGCGACAGUUUUUGGUCUGAAAAUCAUGCAUACAAUAAAGUAUCAGAUCAAUAUGCGUCCGAAUAUUGAACCGAUACCGUUUUAUAGUCAAAAUACGCCAAAACGUAAGCUGAUGUUUCCAGAACGACAAUCGCCUUCUCUGGAAGACUACAAUAUGAAACACGAUGACGUUCGCUCGGAGGAUAUAUUUAAUAAAUUUCUCUCCGAAAAUGUGGUAUACGUUAAAGAUACGACUGCUGACGACUAUUUUAUAGAAGGCGAGAAGGAGUUGUUAGAGGAGGGCGAAAUAAAGGACCUUCGUGAUCUUCCUAGCUCUAAUUAUUCUAUUAUCUCAACUAAAAAUACAGUGUUUAACCAAUAUGAAGCGGUAACAGUGAAGAUACAGCUAUACAAUGGAUUUGGUCAGCUUUUGAAGCGAGGAGGUGAUGACGUCAGGGUGUGGAUUACUGGGGAGAACUUCCAGGCCGGUGGGGAGGUGUACGAUCUUCACAACGGGACCUAUGUGGCUGAAGUAAAGGCAUUCUGGACCGGGAAAUCAAAAAUACACGUAUCCAUAGCUUAUUCACGUGAAGAAUUAAGAAUUCUGUUACGAACUCGACGCGAAUCAAAAGUACUACGAUAUUCCGUGGGCAGAUUUUUGCGAGGUGGCGACACGUUCAUGACGCUGUGCUCGCCCUUCCAUGAUAUACCUCUUUAUCCACGAGUUUGUAAUUUCACCAACUUUAAUCUUAAUCCAUAUUACUGUGGGCAACCGAACUCGCCAAAAGUAGCCUGUUCUGACCUUCGGAUAUUGCAUACCAUAAAUUAUAGUAAACAACGUAUGAAUAAUUUGGAAAGUAAAAUAUUGUCUCGGCAAAAUAGAGUCAAUGAAUUAAAAUCAAAAAGUAUAACUAUAAACAUAGGCACAGUUGUGAAUUUACCAUACUGUAGUUCCUAUAAGUCAAGAUUUACAUGGACGAACACAGCACCUCUUGGUUAUUUCAAUAACAACACAUGGCAUCCCUCAUUCUGUCAGGGGCAAAUAACUCGUCAAAGACUAUCGCGUUGCAUUCGCGAUUUACAUGUCUAUCUUGUUGGAGAUUCGACCGUGAGACAGAUAUUUCAGUCUUUCCUGAGGUUAACGAAGUGUACUAAUACCACAUUCAUAGGAAACCGGCCACACGAUAGAGUACAACGGUACUGUGAUGUCCAUGACAGUAAUUUCCGUGUUGAAUAUGGCAUCCACGGCCUACCGUAUUCCAUGGUUCGAACACCUGAUCUACUGAAUAACACGAAAGCAAUCGGGUUUCAUUUAGACGGACUUCAGUGGAGUCAGAAUAAAGACAAGAUGUUUGUAAUGGUUCAUUUGUAUGCGCAUUUUCUAUUUUUUCACACAAGUUUGUUUGAAGCGAGGGUGCGGUCACUGAAGGUUCCGUUAACCAGACUUUUAAACAGAUAUCCAAAAAUCAAAAUAUUCAUUAAAGGACCUCAUGCAUUUACAGGAGCCGAUUUUAAACCAAUAGUGAAAAGCGACUAUUUUGGAAAAGUGUAUAGAAGUAUCUUAUUAAAAGAACUGUUUGAAUUUCGUGAUCGAGUCUACUAUCUAGACUAUUGGGACAUGUCAGUGUCCAGUGGAAAUAGACUCUUACAUCCAGUCAAUUCUUUUGUUGAUGAGAUGGUCAAGUUCUUUCUAAACCUUGCUUGUGACAAGUGA